AUGGGGAAGGUAGGGUUUCUGAUGGCUGUGUUUGUGUGCGUUUUGUGCGUGUCCGAGGCAUCGGUUUACCAAGUUGGAGAUGAGCAAGGGUGGGAGCAGUACGUCAACUACACUGAGUGGAUUGCUUCCAAGACUCUCCAUGUAGGAGACACUAUCGUAUUCGAGUAUGACAAGGAGCGGAUGAAUGGGAUGGUGGUGAGCCUGGAUGAUUUCCACAGCUCCUGCAGACCGAUCCGUAUCUACCAAACAGGUUUGGACAAGUUCAUCUCGGUGAAGAGGGCACACCUCUACUUCAUCUGUGGCUUCCCCGACCACUGCCUCCACGGCCAAAAGGUCGACAUCCGGAUCCUCGAGAGUCCGGCUCUGCUGCCCCAGACCACCACCCAGUCUUCCAGGGAUACUCAGACUCAGCCUCUAUCAUCCAACUCCUCUCCGUCACCCCAGUCGGGACAGUGUGAAACAAAAAUAGUUGUACAACAAGUUCCUGCUGACCCAAGAUCUAGAACCAAACUUGUGAAGGAAACAACCAAGAAAUAG